AUGUGCAGUUUGGAGAAGCAGAAGAAUAUCUUCAUCCUGAGGAGGACAGGCCAUGGAGAGCAUCGCUUCAACCCUGAAUUCAUGGACUCCAUUAUUUCUGCAAUUGCCUAUGUCAAUCAGAAUGCUCACCAGGCCUCUGCAAUUAUUGUAACAAACGACGGCAAAUACUUUUCCAACGGCCUCGAUCUCGAAUGGAUGUCGCACGACAAGGAGAUUCGAACCCAGGCCGUCGGCGACAAAUUCGUGGAGCUCUUGGCCGCCGUCAUGAGCUUAAAAUUGCCGUCAAUUGCAGCCGUCUGUGGCCACGCUUGCGCAGCUGGAUUCAUUUUCGCCCUGGCUCAUGACUACAGGUUCAUGAGAAAUGACCGAGGGUUUCUGUACAUGAGCGAGGUCGAUGUCGGGAUGACUAUUCCUCCGUCGGUCAUGUCUGUCAUCAGCAGCAAAGUUGAUUCGCGUCAUUUGACGGAAGUUAUGCUCGGCGGCCUCAAAUACGGAGCACAAGAAGCCCUCAGAAAGGGUUUGGUGGAUUCGUCGCAUGAGAGUCCUGAUGAAACCCUAGGUGCCGCCAUUAAUGUGGCCGUUGAGUUUGGUAAACGGAAGUGCAAAGGGGAAGUCUAUUUGGGGCUCAGACUUGGCGCAUUUCCAGAAGCGGCAGAGAAGCUUGGAAUCCGAAGUGUUUCUGUACUUCCUUCCAGAUUGUGA